UUACCUCGAAUAAUUCUUACGUGAAAUAUAAGAUAAAAAUGUCGCCUCUAAUAAUUCAACAUAUGAAAAGAAGGUUUCAAAAAACCAAACCAAAAACAUCAAUAUCAUCUAAUAUAUCGUCACCUUUAUUUUUUGCAUCAUCAAAUUAUCAUUCGACAAUUUUAAUGGCCAUCAUCAUACAGCUAUUGAUUAUUUGUCUGAAUAUUGCCAAUAAUUAUGUGGAUGCUUUUGAUUAUUGGCGCAAGCUUGGUCCAUUAUCACCUGAUUUAAAGCUUGGUACCGAGUGUCGUAAUUCUUUGGAAUGUUUAUUGUUUGUACCGAAUAGUCAAUGUGAUUGUCAUAUUUGUAAAUGUCAACCGUAUCAUAUUCUUUACAAUCAAACCAUGUGUUUACCUGCAUCAUUACUUGGAUAUGCAUGCAGUGUAGAUGAGCAAUGUACAGCUCGUGUAUCAAAUGCACAAUGUACCAAUGGAUUAUGUCAAUGUGAAUCAAAUUAUCUUCCACUUCGUCGUGAUAAAUGUUUACCACCUGCAAUGGCCGGUGAUUUUUGUUUAAAUGAACAACAAUGUCUUAUGGGAAAUCGGCAAUCGAAAUGCAAAUAUAUUAUUCCACGAAUAUAUGGUAAAUGUCGCUGUUUGGAUGGUUUUUAUCAAACUAAAGAUAAUCGUUGUUUGCCAAAUUUACAAAGUUCAUGUAAUAAUUCAAAUGAAUGUCAACAAGUGACACCGAAUUCCUAUUGUGCUAAUUCAUUGUUUAGCACGAAUAAAUGUCAAUGUAAACCCGGGUUCCAGGAAUCAAAAGAUCAUCAAACAUGUCGACCAUUACCAACAACAACAACUACGACUACAACGACUGAACCACCAAGACAGAUUAUCACAAAUGAUGAUUUAUCACCAAAUUUUAUCGAUGAUAGUUUUAACGAAGAAGAAAUUUCAUUUGAAGAUGAACCGCAAAUUCGUAAUGCAAAUGCUGUUUCAUUGGGUAAACAUUGUAAUCAUUCAUUCGAAUGUCAACUCCGCGAUCCAUAUUCUCGAUGUAUCGAUGGUAUUUGUGAUUGUAUUAAACGUUCUGAUGAAUGUAACGCACUAAAACCGGGAUGUCACGCCGAUACAUUUCAAUGUCGUAAUGGACAAUGUGUUUCUUGGUAUUUUGUUUGUGAUAAAAACAAUAAUUGCGAUGAUGGUUCUGAUGAAAAUCAAUGUGAACCAUAUAAUUGUCCGAAAGAAACAUUUCAAUGUAAAUCUGAUGGUAUCUGCGUACCGCGACAAUCAGUCUGUAAUGGAAAAUGGGAAUGUUCAGAUGGAUCGGAUGAGGCUCUUUGUCAUAAAGGAAAUUCUUGCGAUAGUCAAGCCUGGCAGUGUAAAUCCGGACAAUGUUUACCUCAAUAUGCAUUCUGCAAUGCCGUUUCCGAUUGUCUUGAUGGUAGCGAUGAGGAUGAAGAAAUCUGUGAAAGCUCCAUGACUUGUCCAAAUGGAACCUUCACAUGUUCGAAUCGAAUGUGUCGAUCAACGGCUAUUCUAUGCAGCGGUGUAGAUGGAUGUGGAGAUAAUAGUGAUGAAGAACGAUGUGAAGUUUGCUACUGCCAAAAACCAUGAUACUCAUUAAGAUAUGGGACGAUUUCUUGUGAGAGUUUAUCAUCGCCAUAUAAAUCAUCCUGAUCAUUGGAUAACAAUUUUCAUUGCCUUUUCUCAUCAAUUCCUUAAUUUAUUUUCAUCUUUGUCAUUACUAUUCAUUGUA